UAAACUGCUUUGGAAAGUCAGUGAGCACGGUGUGGUCGUGUGCUGUGGGUAGUUUAUGUACAAGACUUACGAGCUGUUUUCUAUGAGGAUUUUACAGCCCGGAUUAAUGUUGAUGUCCUCCCGUCUUUUUCAGUCGGUAGCGCUCGCGGUGUCAUCAGUUGAUCCGUGUUGUCAUCGUGACAGUGAAACUAACGGCUAAACGAUAGAGUAGCUUCAGGCUAUUUUAACCUUAAAGUGGAAUACUUCAUGGGAAUACAAGGAAUUCCCAUGUGUUUAUUAUCCACUCAUCUAAAUGCACGGGGCUCGAAAACAGACUUGACAUAAGAAGAAGCUUUUCAUUGAACUUGUGUACAGGCUAUGGGCUAGCCAGCACUUCACAUCAAUGAACCCUAUCUGUUUUAAACGGAAAGUGAAAGACGAACCCCCUCUGCUUUACUUUACAACAUGUUAUUCACAAGCCAAGAACAAGUGGAGUGUUUGCUGACCCUUAAUUGAAGUUGUAAACAUGAGAUUCGCAGCAUAAGAUGGAUCACUUUCUGUUAACCGCACCAGCCAUCUGGAUUUCAGCAACUUUCCAAUUCAUAGUCUUCCAGCACUAGCCAGAUGGAUGCAACACGCAGUUGUGUGUGAUUCCAUGUCCCUCCAUGCCUUUUUUGGCAUCUAAUGGAAGAAAAAUCACACAUCAGGGCCGCCAUGGUAUCCAGACUGCCUAAAUUCGGUGGACGCUCCUCGACUGGUGGCGCCAGCCCUUUGUCUAACGGUUCUACACACUCCACCACCCCCUCUCAGGAUGGAAAGACAACUCCCUCAGGAGCACGGCCAAAUGGCAUAAUCCGUGCCUCUUCAUUUUCCUUCAAAUGGAAGAGAGAUGAGGGGACGACCCCCUCGAGCCCCACCACCCCCACCAACCCUGAGGAUGGUGUUGAAGAAAAGGCUCAGACACAGCUCCCUCCUCUGUCAAAGGAGGUGAAAAAUGGCUCUCCAGCGACGCCCAAGAUGCGGAGGUCAGGUGCUUUGACGGUGGCUGUCUCCAGUCCCAAGGCCAGCCCCAAGCAUUCUUUGAAGAUGAGUCCCAAAGUAGUGACCAAGCUAGACCAAAGCCCACUGAAUGGAGGUCCUAAAACAGGCAUUAAUGGCUGCAGCACUCCUGUUCGAACAGGGUCCGAAUCCCGACUUUUGCGGCCGAGAGCAGGCUCCAGCUCUCCCAGAAGCAGCUCUCAAGACAGCCUGUCGCAGUCAAGUGACAGCCUGAAGACCAUGGCACUUGACAAUAUGGUGCGCUCGAACAGUUUCACUCACUUCAAGCAGAUUCCGUCACCCAACAACCAGCCUAUGACCCGGUCCUUCUCCUUCAACCGGGCUGUAGAGCUAGCCAAGCCUCUGGCAAACACUCAGCUCCGGCCUCCUCGCAGUAGUUUUCUCAAACCCCCUCAGCUGAGCAAUGGAAGAGUGGGUUUAGGACCUGGAGGCCUGAAUAACGGUCUUGGAGGUUCAGGGUGUCUUGGUGGAGGACUUCAGUACAGUAGACCUCCUUCAGCUGCCUGUUCUCUCCCCACUCUCUCAAUCCCUCCAGCUCCCACCACUCCCAGUGCUCUGAGAAAGCCUCUGCUCCCCAGCUGUGUGCUGAACAAGUCAUUGGGCAGCACUGGGUUGUCUUUGGGCUAUAGGCCGGCUCGAUCAGGGCAGACCAAGCAGCAAAAGCCUCUUUUUCCAUGUAAGGCCAAAGGGGAUAUCAGACCUUCAAUUGCCCCUGACUGUGCAGGACUAUUAGGGAUAGCAAUAGACAUUGAGCGGACAAUGGUGACAACAAAAGCUCACUCUCCCAGUGACAGUGAUGGAAGCUCCGGAGGAGGAAAAGGAGGAAUAAGAGGUGUGCUUAAAAGCCCUGGCCAGACAGCAGGCGAGAUUUUGGAGGACAUGUCCUUAUCUUCGGCCUCAUCUCUAGACAGAGGCGACACCAGUGAAGAGUUUCUAGAUGACUUUGACUGUGUGGGAGAUGGGUUCAGUGAUGGGGACCUGCCUGACAACAGAAGAACUGACAGCACUACUCAAACCCGCUUACACAGCUUUCUCAAUGACAGCCUUGACUGGGACACUAUGGAUCUGGCAGGACAUAAAGAAGAAAGCCCUAUGCAAGACUCGCAGGGGCCGCUGGGCUUGUCUUCAGAGCAGGGUGAUGUCCUUCAGGCUUCGUCCGUGGAGCUGUCGCCAUCCAACAGCUCUGGUGGAACCUACAUGUGGGAUGAGGAUGGUCUCGAGCCACUUGGGGGGCCGGGGACACAUCCGUGUGACAGCUACGAUGAUUCCGACCUCAACAGCAUGGAUAUCCUUAACAACCUGGACCAUCCGGCAUCAGGAGAGCUGGAUGAUGAUGACCUCAUGCUGGAUGUGGACCUCCCAGAGGAUGGCUUGCAUGACGCUGACAGGAUGUCCCACUUUGAGCGCUCAGAGAGGGCCGGUCGGCAAGGGCAGCGGCGUAGACACCAUCGCUGGAGUGGACCUGAAAACUUCUACAACGAUAGCAGGGCCCAUGUUGUUCAACACUACGAUGGUCUCAAAGCUUCGAAGAUCUCUUCACGCUCUGUCCCCUUGGAAGGCAGGCAGCAUGGCUACAUGGCGAUGCUGGAUGAACUCACACUCGAACACGUGACUCAGGACUGCAGCUCGCUCAAGAACCAGCUUCUCAGGCUCAAAACGUUACUACAGCUUGAGGAUACUGACUCUCCAGCAGAUGUUCCUGAAGAGAUUGAAGACAAUACCACUGCAUCACAGUUGGAGGAGCUGAUAAAGGAAGUGCAGGUGCUCAGAGAGGAGCUGAGGAGUCGAGACAAGACCAUUGCUCAGCUCACAUUGCAGUGCCAACAGUUACAACAUCAGCGGGAACACAUGCCUGCACAAGGGCGGCCGGUCAGGUGUCAGUGUCACCACCAGAGGGCACCCUCUUCACUACGACAGGGAGACAGACAGGUGGACAGGCGGAUGCAGCAUCACUACGACAAAGCCACGCAGACGUACUGGAGACCACCGAGCCAUGCUCCUCAAAUACUUCAGCCUUUCAACCCCUGCCUCAACGAGCACCUCCACCAGGGAAGACAAGUAAAAACUCUCCCCACCGAGGGCCACAGUGACUUCACAAGAAGUAGAUCAGAGGAAGAAGGAAUGCAUAGAGAUGUUUGUCGUCCCCUUGAUGACCUUAUGGCAGAUGAGUCUGGGCAAGCAGACCCCAACGGGCUGACUCGUCUCCUCAGCACCCACCUACGCCACCCAUGUCCUGCAGCUCCACAGGGAGUCGCUGCCAGCGACAGUGCAGCAUCAGAAGCUCAGUCUGCAGCACAGCGUGGAGGGGGAGCACCCGCUGCGAUACAGCAGAGCUCCGUGUCUCCUAAAUCUGCUGGUUCCUCUAGCCCUCGCAUGCUGCAGCCCCCUCGCCUUCACAAGCGCGUGUCUCUUCCCGCACUCAAGCCAGGGGGCACUGGUGGCUUCGCCUCUCUAAAGCCGGGCUCCUUAGGACCCCUGGCUAACCGGACCAAGCAGCUGCCCCCUCCGUCUAGAGCUCCCUGCUUUAACGCUGGACCCCAGGUUCAGUCUCCAAGUCUAUGUCGCACUUCACUGCUUCAGCCUCGCAGAGCAUCGGAGCCUCUCGGGGAUCCGCGGGGCUCAAACGCCAGCCUGGAGGAGCCCGAUCAGGGGACGUUCAGAGACCCUGGGUCAGCCAGGAUCCUGAUCCCUUUGAGUCGCUCAUGCCUCCCCAAGCCAAAGAUUCCCUGAGGAGCCUAAUUCCACCCGUCAGAACUUAAAACAGGAUUCACUCUGACAUUGCUGUUCCCACUCCACGUCUCCAAAUAUAUCCUUAAAACAAAUACUCAAACAAAAACCCUCACUCUGCACUUCUAAGGAUGGAACAAACCAAAAUACAGGGGUGGCAACAAUCCACUAACUUAGUGUGUCUAACAGGUUUUAACUACUUGAUGAAAUGUAGAGGGUACCCCAAACUUACCUAACGCCUCCACCUCCCACCACACACACAUUCAAAGUAAACUGAAACACGAUUCUCUCUAGAAUCAGACACUAACAAAAGGAUAAUGCAGGCUAUAGUGUCAGCAGCAGGCCGAGGCCAGGGAGACAGAAAGCUUCCUGGUUGCUUCCUUUAUGAUCAGCCCUGCCUGCUGAUUGGCCAGCUGAGGGUGAGGGGAUCCAAUCAGCCAUCAGUCUCAGGUGCACCAGCAGGUACCGAUCAGCUGCUGAUUAGCUGCAUUGAAGAGAGGGAGAAGAGAAAAGAGUAGGAAGGAAAACACACCACACGUACAACAUGCCUGGCAUGUAAACACCCCCUUCAGCCAUUAUAACAGUGUGACUGUUUUACCUUUUGGAUGUCACAGGAACAUACACUGCGCUCAUUAAGCCACCAUUCAAGGACUGCCUGUUUCACUGACAUUGGUUUUCUGUCUGCUGUAUUGUUUCUAAAUGUGCAGCUCCAACAUCAAUAACUGAUUUGAAUAAAGUAUGAGCAGGAUCUUAACUUCCAUAGUGGUAUGUGACAGUUUUCAGAUUCAGGCGGACUUAAGAAAGAAGAAACGUCCAUUUAAAAAGCCUUGCGCAUAUUCAUGAAUGAAUAAUAGUGACCAUUCAGAGCCGGACAGCUGUAGUUUUGUACCCGCGGCUGUUAUCAAGUUUAAAAGUCUAAGUUCACAGCUGUGCCCUCUGACACACAGGUGCGUUUGGUUUCAAACAUGGAGGUGGCAUAAAUGUGACCUUUUCAGUGUAAUAGCAGACCCAGGGGUAGAUGGAGGCAAAAACAUAAAGUGGUAAAAAAAAAGGAUAACAUAAAAGCAGUGGCAUGGGGGCUGCAUUGAAAAACAGCUGUCACUCCCAGAAAGAAAAUAUGUGUUUGUGUAUAUCUGCAGCGUAUGUAUGGAAGUGAGAAAUGACAGACGUAGAGAUGAAGUGCAUACGUGUUUCUAUUACAGUUGCAUCCAGAGUUAACCUCUGAACUCACACCCCCUGUGUUCAAUGAAUGCAUCUCAGACAGAAUACAGGCUUAUAAAAACAAUACCAUAGCUGGUGGAGAUAAUGGUUUCAUCCUUUAGUCGAGAGAGCGGCGUAAAAAAGCACUCGCACUUAAGUGUGCUCAGGUACGAUUUAGUCUUUACUCGUAUCCAUUAGCAAACACAUACAGUACUGAAAAGUGUGAAGCAGUUAAUGUAGGGCUACUUUGGAGAUAGAAAACAGUGAAGAGUAACAGGAAAUAUUGCGUUUGACCUGAGUGAGGAGAAAAGCUUGGAACAAAUCUAAUUUACUAUAUAUGGGUCUUUGAAUCUGUGUCCUAAUAAAAAGAAAAAACACCAAACAUUUCCAGUUCUGAGGAAAACCCACGUUUCUAAAAAAUGGCAUAAUUAAAUGAAAUCAAAAUGAAAUUUAAACAUAAAGACUUAGAAGUCAAUUCAGGCCUCCCCUUAAUGACCAACAAAUAUCAGCUUACAGGAACUCAUUGGACGUGUGAAGCUGCUGCCUGGUGUUUAUACUGUGUGUGUGUGAGUGUGUGUGUCUGUCUUCCCCCCCCCCUCUUCUCCCUCCUCCUCUCGCUCUCUUGCACAUCUCUUUGGGAACAUCAAAGGUAUUAGUGUGUUAUUUUCAGGUAGGGAGCCUUUGGGGCUUUAGUGGUUUUUCUGUAGGAGCUCUGGAGAAUUGUGUUUAUCUCUCCUUUGCGGAGCCCUUUUUGCAGUCAAACGCUCUCGAAAAUGUCCCCGAACGGAGAGCAGCAGUGUGUUAAAAAGGCCUUCUGACAGCAACUCAGUUCUCUUCUCUGUCACGCCGCGUGACCGCUUGGUGUACGCCUCUGGCACUGUCCGGUCUACUGCGCCCAAUAAUGCACCCUACAUAGACAGAGUGAGACAGAAAGAGAGAGAGAGUGACACACAGACAUAUCACACGCAUACACAUCUGGACACACGAUACAUUGACGCACACGCACAAGAACUCUGAUAAAACUCAAAGCGACACAAAACUCAGAGGAAACGCACACACACACACACACACACACACACACACACACACACACACACACACACACACACACACACACACACACACACUUCCCUGUAGCCAAACAAAUGGGCCUAUCGUUUUCUAAAAAUGAGCCGUCCAUGUACACAUUUAUCCAUCUGUCCACGGCAGCCAAGAAAAAGGUGGCAGUCCCAGGAAUACGCUGGAAAUGUGGAUCCCUGUGGCUGAUAAAGCGUGUUUACCUGUUGUUCAACACUGUGCCAAACCAGCCAAGCAGUCAACUCCGCAAUGUGAAGCCAAGAAAGAACCUUUUGUUUGAAUGAAAACAGAGACAGAACUUAUAAAGAGAGGAUGAGAAAGAUGCACAGGGAGAGACAAGAACACGGAGUGUGAAGAGAGAGCAAAGAAUAAUAGAUGAUGAGAUGAAAUAGUGAAUGUGCUAUGAUGAGGAUAAGCUGGCAGACGGGUCUGCUUGUGAAUGUUUAUAAAACGUAGUGAAGGUUUGCGAGAGACAGGAGAGCGAUACAGAAUACUUAACAUGUUUGUUUGUGGGCUCUGUGGUCCGGAGAAUGGUCCACUAACUGCUUAGUUAUGCCAAACAGGAAAUCAAUGUUGCCCGCUAUAUGUUUGUGCGUCUGUUUGUGUGUGUGUGUGUCUCCAGACACCUCUGGCUGCCACUGUUUCUCUGGUGUUAGUGAGUGUGUGAGAGAAAGAUGUGUCUGCCUACAGGCCAAAGGCAAACCCAUGCCAGGGAAGCGGGGCACUGUCAUCCUUCUCUCCCUGUGCUGUAUUCCCUAUCUCCCAAUCAAUGUCUCUGCUCUGUUUAGCAUUCAAGACAAUCAGUCUUGCUAGCUUUGCUAUAACAAAACCACAACUGGGCUCUCUGUAGCAACUCGGAUCGAUUCUAAUGCAGGAUCUUGAUUCACUUGAUUUUGUGACUCACACAUUUUAAAGCUGCAUUGCACAACAGGAAAAAGCACACAGGCAUAUUUACUAUAAUCUGUAUUUGUGUUUCGACAACAGAUUUAAUGACUUGUUGUUUGUAUAAGGAGUCUCUAGGAUUUUAACCUCUGUCAAUGUACAUCAAGGUCAUUUCCAGAUGCAGCAGGCAGCUGUACCCUACCUGCCCAAAACCAAACUGCAGAGAGACCAUAGACUGUAUAUGAGAGACAGAUUAAGUUACAAUCGAGCUGCAGCUAGCAAAAAUGAGCAAAGAGGAGAGGAAACAACACACUUGCACACAAACAUGACUCCAAAUGAGUGAAUGAGUAACUGCUGCAAGCUAUUGUUUGCUUGCACAUUGACCGUAUAAACUUUAUAAUGUGUCAAUGUGUUGUUCAGGGUUUACAGCUGGUGUCUGCUGCUUUCAAGUUGCCAAAAAUAAUUAGUUAAUGCAUGUAUAAAACCAUAAUGAGGAGCAGUUGUGUUGUGGCCACUUCUACCUGCUCCUGUUGAUGGUUUUAAAGUAGAGUGCGUAAAGUUGCAAAAAUGCCGUUGCUUAUUUUUUGAGUAACCCUUAUAUUUGACUAGCAGCCACAGACACGGUACAUCCACUGAUUAGGCUUCAAUAGCUAUUUAUAUUUUCUUACCAUAACAUGCAAGGUCGUUGUGUUAAUCACAUUCACUACAUAAUCCUAUAAUACCACUACAGCUGUUAGGCACUGUCUCCUGUAUACUCUGCAAUAAUGUUUUCAUGCUGAAACGUGGGGGAGUGUUACACUGUUUUUUGCAACCUUUUAUGCAAAUGAAUAAAAAGCAAAUCAAGCUUUUUGAAAAGUCUAAUCUUAAGCACUUUAAAUGACAUGAGUUGUUAAUGCUGAAUGAACAUUGAACUGGAUUUAAAGACACUUGGUUUUGAAAUAUAUUUUGAUUUCUAAUAUUAUUUUUCUUCUUUCCCAGUGUGUGUCUGUUUGGUACUCUAUUUUCAUAGCCAUGUGAGACUGCAAUAAAGGUUGAACCAAAAAUCUAACAAGGGUGUUUCAGUUAACCUUCUGUAAGUGGUCAAAGGUCACUGUUUACCACGCUUUUUUAUUUCCAUCAACAUUGCUUGCAUGUUAGACUAAUAACCUCCAGCUGGUUUACCAUAAACUGCUUAACUGUAGGUCACAGCUAAAUGUCAAACAUCAGAGCAGAAUAUGGUGCCGUGCUAUGAAAGCGAGGCCACAGGUGAAAUCCCCGUGGUUGGAGGUUCUUCUUUGACAGUUAAUGUUGUGUAUUGAUCCGGAUCGCCAAACGCUUGCAAACAUAAAGCUGCUGACCUCAGUUCAAGAACAUAGAGAAACUUCAUUCUUACCUUUUUCCUUUGCUUUCACUGUCUAGGUUUUAUUUCUGAAAAUAAAGUAUGAUUGUGAAACUACA